AUGGCCAGAGGCAGCGCCCUGCUGCUCGCCGCGCUCCUGCUCGCCGCCGCGCUGCCGGCCACGCUGGGGCUCGGGCCGCCGGCAAAGGAGAAGAGAGGCUGGACCCUGAACAGCGCCGGCUACCUCCUGGGCCCGCAUGCCAUCGACACCCACAGAUCCCUUAGUGACAAGCACGGCCUGGCUGGGAAGCGGGAGCUCCAGCCCGAGGAGGAAGCAAAGCCAGGAAGCCUCGACAGGUCGCUGCCUGAGAGCAAUAUAGUGCGCACACUAAUUGAGUUUCUGACUUUCUUGCAUCUCAAAGAGGCUGGAGCCCUCCACAGCCUGACCGGCCUCCCACCGGAGGUCUCCUCAGAAGACUCAGAGCAGUCCUGAGGCGCCGUCACCCUCGAAGAUGAGGAAACUCUGCCCUUCUGUACAGAGUGACCCACUCUGUGCUCCGCUUCUGUGCUGUGCUGCUAUCAUUUAAGAUGAUUUGGUUUAGGUAAUUGUUCUGAGCGACAAAAUAAAAAAUAGCAACUGC